AUGAAGAUUCAAACUCAAGCAGUAAAUAUAUUAGAAACAGCUUCAAAUGCUUUAAAAUCAGGUUUAUUAAAAGAGAAACCAGUAUGGUAUGAUAUAAUAUUAAAAUACCCACCAAAACAUAACUUAAUUAAGAAACCGCACCAACCUAAAACAAAUUCUAGUGAUCCAAGAAAUGAUGAAAUUGUGAAAAAUUUCAAAAUUCCAAAAGAUAUACAUAAAAUUCCAAAAUUAAAAUUUAUAGAAGAUACAAUAAGAGAUACAUUUUAUAAGCAUCAUCCUUGGGAAUUAGCAAGACCUAAAAAUUUAAUUGAAAUAAAUGGAGAUGAAAUUUUAAAAAAAUGUAAUUGGAAAAAUAUGUUACAAUUAUAUAAACCUUUAGAUGGGGAAUCGGUAGUUCAAAGAACAAUGUAUUUAAUCAAAAAUAAUAAAAAUUUAUCUAUUUUCGAUGCUUAUGAUUUAUCAAGAAUGGAAUUUUAUAAGUUAAGAAUGUUUGAAGAAAUGCAAUCUCAUAUUUCCAAAGAAGAAAGUAUAAUGAAUGGUGCAAUAAUUGAAUUAAAUUAUUUAAAACAGCAAAUGGAAAAAGAAAAUGAAUAUUUAAAACAAUGGAUUAUACAAGGUAUGAAGCAAACUAAAAUUUUAGAAGCAAGUUCAAAUAAAUCAUCACAAGUACCUGUUGGUUCAAUAAUAGAAAAUGAUAUAAAUCAAACUUCUUUAUUUGAAGAUUUGGUGAAUUUAGAUAAAUAA